AUGAGAGGUAGCAAAGAAGACACAGAGGAAGGGCUCGCCACUCUGCCUUCCGGAGCGGGGGAAGUCGACAAUGAUCCUACGCUCGGGCACGACGCAGUCUUUGGCAACAUUACCGAGAAAGGACCCAACUACCGCGACGUCGGAUGGCUUGGCUCGGCUGCCCUCAUGAUGAAGUCUCAAAUAGGCCUCGGCGUCCUCUCGAUUCCCUCCGCGUUUGAUGCCCUGGGCAUCAUACCAGGCAUCAUCUGUCUCUUGAUCGUUGCUGCUCUAACAAGCUGGUCGGACUAUGUGAUUGGCAUGUUUAAGCUGAGGCAUCGAGAGAUUUGGGGCAUUGAUGAUGCUGCUGGGCUCAUGUUUGGUAGAGUUGGGCAAGAGUUUCUCGGCGUUGCGUUUGUUCUGUUCUACAUCGUCACCAUCGCCACAGCAAUCCAAGACCGUCCUUCAGAAGCCCCUCAGGAAGGAGUAUGGGUAUCCGAUUACAAGCUCUCCAACAACCCCAGCUUUGCCGACGCCAUCUCUGCCAUCUGCACUUUCGUAUUUGCCUACGCUGGCACGCCGCUCUUCUUCCCCAUCGCGGCCGAGAUGCGGGAUCCGAGGCAAUACACCAAGGCGUUGGUACUCUGUCAGUCAACCGUCACUGCUACGUACAUCAUCAUCGGCAUCAUUGUGUACUACUACUGUGGUUCUUAUGUUGCGUCGCCGGCUUUGGGUUCUGCGGGACCUGUUAUUAAGAAGAUUGCUUAUGGACUUGCUCUCCCUGGUCUUCUUGCUGGUGCAACCAUUAAUGCUCAUGCCGCAAGCAAGUACCCGUUUAUCCGCUUCCUCCGUGGAUCGAGGCAUCUAACCGCCAACACAUUCACCCACUGGGCAUGCUGGCUCGGCUGCACAUUCACAGUCUCCUUAAGCGCGUACGCUAUCGCCAGCGGAAUCCCUAUCUUUCACGCCCUCGUGUCCCUCGUGGGAGCUCUUCUAGGUACGCUCAUGUGCUUCCAGCCGAUGGGAUGCAUGUGGCUGUACGACAAUUGGAGUAGUGGCCGUUCCGGGGGGAGAAGUCUCAGCUGGACUAUCCAGGCCUGCGUUGCUGUGUUUGUCGUCGUUUCAGGAAUGUUUCUCACAGUUGCUGGGACGUAUGGGACUGUUGUUGGGGUUAUCAAGGCUUUCAAGGAGACGAAGGGGGCGGCGGCUUGGUCGUGUGCCGACAACUCCAACUCUGUAUAA